UUUUCUUAUCCAUCUUAUAUACGCUAACGAUCACACACCCACAAUCCAAACAAAACAAAACUCAGAAAGUUCUUCACUAAUUUGGAACAAAUAUGGCUUCCCAAACACCUCAACAAGUUCAUUCUCCUCUUCACUUUGUUCUCUUCCCUUUCAUGGCUCAGGGCCACAUGAUUCCCAUGGUUGAUAUUGCAAGGCUCUUGGCUCAGCGUGGUGUGACCAUAACAAUUGUCACGACCCCUCACAACGCAGAGAGGUUCAAGAAUGUCUUAAACCGUGCCAUCGAGGCUGGUUUGCCUAUCAACGUAGUUCAUGUGAAGCUUCCGUUUCAAGAAGCUGGGCUGCCAGAAGGAAAAGAGAAUAUGGAUUCGCUUGACUCCAAGGAGUUGAUGGUACCUUUCUUUAAAAUGGUUAACAUGAUCGAAGAGCCGGUCAUGAAGCUAGUGGAAGAGAUGAAACCUAGACCAAGCUGUCUAAUAUGUGAUUUGUGUUUGCCUUAUACAAGCAAAAUCGCCAAGGCCUUCAAUAUACCAAAGAUUGUUUUCCAUGGAAUGUCUUGCUUUUGUCUUUUGUGUAUGCAUGUUUUACGCAGAAACCUAGAGAUCUUGCAUAAUUUAAAGUCGGACAAAGAGUAUUUCUUUGUUCCUAGUUUUCCUGACAGAGUUGAAUUUACAAAGCCUCAAGUUCCCGUGAGAAUCAAUGCAACUGGAGACUGGAAGGAGUUCUUGGACGCAAUGGCAGAAGCAGAAACAACAUCCUAUGGUGUAAUCAUCAACACGUUUCAGGAGUUGGAGCCUGCUUAUGUCAAAGAGUUCAAAGAGGCUAGAGAUGGAAAAGUAUGGUCCAUUGGACCUGUUUCCUUGUGCAACAAGAAAGGAGCAGACAAAGCUGAGAGGGGAAACAAGGCUGUCAUUGAUCAAGAAGAAUGUUAUAAAUGGCUUGAUUCUAAAGCAGAAGGGUCGGUGCUAUAUGUUUGCCUUGGAAGUAUCUGCAAUCUUCCUCUGUCUCAGCUCAAGGAGCUAGGGCUAGGCCUAGAGAAAUCUCAAAGACCUUUCAUUUGGGUCAUUAGAGGUUGGGAAAAGUAUAAUGAGCUUGCUGAGUGGUUCUUAGAUAGCGGCGUUGAAGGAAGAGUCAAAGGGAGAGGGCUUCUGAUAAAAGGAUGGGCACCACAAGUGCUUAUCCUUUCACACCCUUCUGUUGGAGGAUUUUUGACACAUUGUGGAUGGAACUCCACUCUGGAAGGAAUCACCUCGGGUGUUCCUUUGCUCACAUGGCCAUUGUUUGGAGACCAGUUCUGCAACCAGAAGCUGGUUGUGCAGGUUCUUAAAGUUGGUGUAGGAGCUGGGAUUGAAGAAACUAUGAAAGGGGGAGAAGAGGAGAAGAUAGGAGUGUUGGUGGAUAAAGAAGGAGUGAAGAAGGCAGUGGAAGAGUUGAUGGGUGAGAGUGAUGAUGCAAAAGAGAGGAGAAGAAUAGCCAAAAAGCUCGGAGAGUUAGCUCACAAGGCUGUGGAAGAAGGAGGCUCUUCUCAUUCUAAUAUUACUUUCCUUCUAGAAGACAUAAUGAAACUAGCACAAUCCAAUAAUUGAUUAUUCUCUUUGUUAAAAGAAAUAGAAACAUUUAAACAGUCUUCAUUUGCA